CUAGAGAACUGUGAAUUUUUUGUCUCUGCAUUUCUGCUUGUUAACCAUUGAGAUUAUUCCAGUUAGAUGUUGACGUUGUCGCCCUGCAUUCUUUUUUUUUUAUGAGAGAUCUUCUCAUAUAACCAAGUUCAAAUCAACAGUCCAAUUUAUUAAAGUCAAAUAAGUGAUCCAUUGUUUAGGAUCAACAGAGAAAUAAUUUACCAUUACAGCGCUGGUCCACUGCUACACGUCCUUAAGGGACGACACAUUAUGGCCCCGGACAAUAGCUUUUGAUUCCUUCUAGCUCCUAGAUAAGCUACGCCCUAAAGAGAGCGUUCCCCUGUAAUGCAAUUUCCAUACCCAUACGUGUGUGGGUGGGGGUGUGCGUGCGUGUGUGUGUGCGUGUGCGCAUGCGAGCAUCAACCGGCUAAAAUAGAUAGAGGAAAAACACAGAAUCAUUUAUCCAUAACAACAUUGUUCCAAAAAGCUAGGCGUGACACUUGGUGAACGUGUGUUCAUGUCCCGUGGCCUUCAGAUGUUCAACUCAAAACAAUAAAACCAGCCUAGAAACGUCGUUUACCACACCUCAUUGUGAAACUUGCGUUCAGCCACGUUCAGACUCAAUAUUUGGGUUCCCACAUGAAGAGAAACCGUCAGCGUAUCAACGUUUGCUGAUGAACUUUGAUUGCUCGUUCAAAUCGCACAAAUAAAUUGAUUCUUUGACAAAGUAGUUCAAAAUUCUGACCAUGUCUUUGAAAAAUCCACAUAUGUUCAGCAGGUAAUAAUCUAAAUGUGAUGAGCAAACAUUUUUGAGGCAUACGUAAAAAAGCAUUAAGGACGACUGAUGACCAUUGGACCUCGAAAGUGAGCCGAUAAACACCUGUUCAGUUUCAGAGGUGUAAAAAAAAUAGAAAAGCAGAUAGUGUGUGUGUCUGCGUGGGUGGGCGUGUGUAUUGUGUGUGUGCGUGUGUGUGUGUGUGUGGGACAGAGGGAGAGAGUAAGAUAGAGGGUAGUGGGAGGAGAAACUGCUAGUAUUAUAAAUGAUUAUACAUAUCUGAGGAUCCAGACACAUUACACAGAGGUUAUUGUCAACUCAACGGAGGGUCUCGCUUUCGGAGCUAAUUUUUUUUCCAAAUUAACCAAAAAGAGAGAAGAAGGAAAGAAAACAGACUUGGAUCUGGGUAUUCUAUCAUUUUCUUUUGAUUGUCUAAGAGUCGGACUGAAGAAACGGUCAUGGAUCCAAUUGUGGAAGUAGUGGCUUUGAUUCUGGGGUUCGUCGGAUGGGUGAUGGUCGGGGUCGCGCUGCCGAAUCGUUACUGGAAGGUGUCCACCGUGGACGGGAGCGUCAUCACCACCUCCACCAUCUACGAAAACCUGUGGAUGUCCUGCGCCACGGAUUCAACCGGGGUCCAUAACUGCAGGGAGUUCCCAUCGCUGCUUGCCUUGAAUGGUUAUAUCCAGGCCUCCCGUGCCCUGAUGAUUGCAGCCAUACUGUUGGGCACCUUCGGCCUUGUAGGGUCCCUGGUCGGAAUCAAGUGUUCGAAAGCAGGGGGGGAAAACUAUAUUCUCAAAGGGAGGAUUGCAGGCACCGCCGGGGUCCUCUUCAUCCUCCAAGGGCUUUGCACCAUGGUCUCGGUGUCGUGGUACGCCUUCAACAUCACCCAGGACUUCUUUGACCCCUUCUAUCCGGGAACCAAGUAUGAAAUAGGAGAAGGACUUUACAUCGGCUGGUGCUCGUCCGUGCUCGCCAUCGCUGGAGGAGUCUGUCUCGCCUGCUCCUGCAAAGCAGGCACAAAGGAAAAAUACCCCUUGCGUUAUCAUGACAGAGGAACAGCAUAUUCUGGAGCUGCACCAAGCAGAAGCGCCGCAGCCAGCACUUAUGAACGAAACGCUUACGUCUGAGCAGGAUGGCAUUUUUCUGACAUCUUCUCACUUUUUAUUCUUGUACAUAAAUCGUUCGUUUUUGGGGUUUUUUUACUCUUUCUGCUGGCCUUGUUGUCCAUGGCUGUGAACUUGCACCAUUUGCUUACUGUUGGCAGUAACUGUAAUGUAUAGAAUCACAAUUUCUGAUGAAUUUCCUGUAUAAAUCAUUACUAAGGCCGAUGGUAUAAACACUGUACAGAGCUGUUUUGCUUUUCUCUCUGCCACAACACAGACUUAGUCAUUUUACCAUUUCUGUUUGUAUUUCACUGAUGAAAUCAACAUGUGGGCAUUUACCAAAACAAUAAAUCAUGCUUUGAUCUUCAUAAA